AUGGAGGUGGAGCUGAAAGACUUGCUAAGCGAUCUCGAAAAUCUCAAACGAUCACUUUCUGAUCCCUCUCAUCACGCUUCGAUUGACAAGAUUCGAUCACGUGUAGAACAUCUAACCUCUCUAGCAAAAUGCGGGCCGGUUCGCCGUUCGAAAGUUAAGGAUAUGAGUGCUGAGGUGGUGGAUAGCAACCCUUAUAGCAGGCUUAUGGCGCUUCAGAGGAUGGGCAUUGUGGACAACUAUGAAAGAAUACGGGAUUUCUCAGUCGCCAUAGUUGGUAUAGGUGGUGUAGGCAGUGUGGCGGCUGAGAUGCUAACAAGGUGUGGCAUAGGUCGCCUUUUGUUGUACGAUUAUGACAGUUUGGAGUUAGCUAACAUGAAUAGGCUAUUUUUUCGUCCAGAGCAGGUUGGUAUGACAAAGACAGAUGCAGCAGUUCAAACUCUGUCAGACAUAAAUCCUGAUGUAUUGCUUGAGAGCUAUACUCUAAACAUCACAACGGUGCAAGGUUUUGAAACUUUUGUGGCAAGCCUUAAAAAUAAAAUGUUUCGCCCAGAUAAAGAAGGUAGCGGAGUUGAUCUUGUUUUAAGCUGUGUGGAUAAUUAUGAAGCAAGGAUGGUAGUAAAUCAGGCUUGCAAUGAGUUAAAUCAAACAUGGAUGGAGUCUGGUGUAUCAGAAAAUGCUGUUUCAGGUCAUAUACAAUUGCUGAUUCCUGGAGAAACUGCUUGUUUUGCAUGUGCGCCUCCCUUGGUUGUAGCAUCUGGAGUUGAUGAACGUACGCUUAAGCGUGAAGGGGUUUGUGCUGCAUCUUUACCUACUACCAUGGGGGUUGUUGCUGGGCUUCUCGUUCAAAACACACUCAAAUACUUGCUUAAGUUUGGACAUGUUUCUCCAUACUUGGGUUACAAUGCUCUCAAAGACUACUUCCCAACAAUGGAAAUGAAGCCAAACCCUCAAUGUUCAAAUGCAGCUUGCCUGGAAUGUCAGAAAGAAUACAUUCUUGUAAAGCCUGCCAGGGAUGCUGCUGCUAAAGCAAAGAUGGAAGCCGAAGCUCUAUUAGAAACAGAAUCCCCCGUUCAUGCAGAAAAUGAGUGGAGCAUAAGCGUUGUGGAAGAUUGUGAACUGGAUAGGACAGAUUUCAGAAGUUCAGAUGCACUUCCAGAAGGUCUUGUUCAUGAACUCCCAAGUGCAGACGAAUUCCAAAAACUGCCUGCUCCGCAACAGAGCACAAACCUUAUGGAUGACCUAGAAAAUCUUAGAAGGCAGCUCGAUGCACUUAAUGCUGACUAA